GCUAUUUUUAUUAUUUAAAUAAAACUAUAAAAGUGCCCGGUCCACCUCCAAUUAUUAUGGUCUUUCCUCAAACACUAUAAAUACGCACAUCAAGAACGUUCAACUCCUCCAUCCAUACGAAGCCUCUGAACUCCAAACAAAUUAAUUAGUUCAUUCAUUCACACUAAUAAUCUCUUGAUUCCCCGGAAAAUUAAAUUAUUGUAGCAAUGAAGCACAUGAAAGGGGAGGAAGAAGUGAUGACAUCACAGAACAAGAAAAACAAAGCCGUGGUGGAUGGGCUUUACAGGGCAAUAUCAAGAGGAGACACCGGCGCCGCGGCCGGUUACCUUGCCAGCGACCUGGAAUGGUGGUUCCAUGGCCCACAAAACUGCCACCACAUGAUGAAAAUGCUGACGGGGCAGGCAUCCGGAGGAGGAGCUUCUUUCCGGUUCAACCCGCGGAGCGUCGACGCCAUUGAUGAUGAGCUUGUGAUCGUGGAAGGUUGGGAAGGGGUGCAUGCGUAUUGGGUUCACGUUUGGAAGGUUAACCAAGACGGGUUGAUUACUCAGUUCCGGGAGUACUUUAAUACGUGGCUCACGGUGGCGGAUUUGAGAAAACGGCCUUCCAUUCCGCUGAAAAUGGCGGCCGCCGGUUGCUCCUCCGCAACCUCCUCCACUUUGUGGCAGAGCCACCCUCGGGACCUCGCCAAACGCUCCUUGCCGGGUCUCAUGCUCGCCAUCUGAGGAUCGGCCGCAGUUAAUAUUAUAUUACCACGUGUGUAAAUUCUUCAUUAAAUUAAUUAAUGUUUUUUUUACCUUAUAUUAUAAUGUUGUCAUAAUUUACGUAGAUAGAAUUUCUUCGUUAGGCACCACCACUCUUAAUUGGACCUGUUUGAUUAAUGUUUGGACAUUCCAUCAUGCUUGUUUAUGAUUGUGACAAUUCCCAAAUCAAUAGAAUGUGGAGUUAUGGGUGCUGCAUGAUUUAAAAGUUCAUUCAUCAAAUUGGG